AUGCAAAACAAUUCGAAAAAUUCUGUUAAUAAAAACUCCCUUCGAACAAACCUUCACGGCCUUAACCCUAAUAACAAUAAUGACAAUAAUUUCCAACCUUCCUUAGAAUCUCCAAUCACCGCCACUUUUCCUGUAAUGACUACUAAUACAACAACAACGCCUAAUUUAAAUAAUUGCAAUGAUAAUAAUCCAACGUUUACUUUUGUUCCAGCGCCAUUUCCAGUUCAACAAUUACAAUUCCCUCAACUACAACUGCAAAAUACUACCAAUCCACCAGCAAAACCUAAACGAAAACAAGUUAAAAAUGCAUGUGUUAAUUGUCAAAGGGCUUGUAAAAAAUGUGACGAAGGAAGACCUUGUCAACGUUGUAUUAAAUACGAACUUACAGACACUUGUCAAGAUUCCAUUCGUAAAGAACGUAAAAAAGGUAUAAAAAGAGGACCCUACAAACGAAGAACUAAAACAGAAACAAAAAAUCUAAAUUUAAUAGAUAGUCCUUCAACUCCUACUAAUAUUCCCGUUGCUGUUUCUGGAAUGGUUUCGACUGAAGCUAGUAAUAUUAAUAAAACAACUGCAAUGGGCGCACCACAAAAUGUUACAUUACCAGAAGGUUUAGGUCAAUUUGUAAUGAUCCCCGCUCGUGCAGAAAAUGAUUCUGACAAAUUGUCAUCUCAAAACGAAAAUAAAAAUUCGGAACAACAAAAUUCCGAAAAGCAAGAAAUGCUUUCGCUUGUUUGUAGCGAAAUGUUGGAUAAAUCGCAUGAUCCAACAAAUAUCAAUGAAAAAUCUGACGAUUAUGAUUAUGAAGAUGUUAAUAAUAAAUGUAAUCAUGAAGACAACCACGAGAACGUAGGAUGUAAUAGUAAUGAUGAUGAUGAUGAUAAAUUUAUUAAUUUUAUAAAUUCUGAUGUUUUUUCUGCCGAUGAUGACGGUGAUAGUGAUUUGGUUGGUGUUAGUGAUGAUAAUGACAACAUGAGAAUAUUUCAUUCGCCUAAUAACAAUGGCAAUAGCAAUAGUGAUGAUCAAAUAGAUCAAGUAAAUCAAAUUAAUUUAUCAACAUCAGCUUCAAGUAUUGCUGCAGUUACACCACCAUCAAAAUCAUCGAAUGGCAACGGUCCUUUACUUUUCAAGAUUCCUGCUAACACUUAUCCGGUAGCACCUCCUCAAUUCGUCCCA